AUGAGAUACGCACCCGAAUUCAAGAAAUCGCCCUCGCACCUCCUAAAGAAAUUUGCAGUGUGCGACAUUCCUCUCUACGACAUCUGUGACUACAACGUCACCAGGGACCGCUGCAAGGAGCUAGGCUGCUGCUUUUACAAAGGCGUGUGCUACGAGAAGGCGGUGCCCAUCUACGUGCAGGUCUUCUCUGCCUUGAUCGUGGUCAUCGCUGGGGCCUUCGUCAUCACUAUCAUCUACAGGGUUGUUCAAGAGAACAGGAGAGAAAAGGAAGUGCCCACAGACGUCCCUCCAUCUCCCAAGUCCAGCAUGAAAGAAGAGACGGCGCCGUCAGGCGAGGAGGAAGCCUCCAAGCCCACGAGCUCAGAGCCGCAGACCGAGAGCGAGAGCGUCAGGGAGGGGGACACCUCCCUGACCAUCAUGGCAGACACUGACGACUGA